CCAUAACAAAGAGUAUAAGCAGGAUCACCACCUGUUUCCCAGUUUUCAUAUUGCUCUGGUAUUAUUUUCAUAGAUUUACGGGAACUAACCAAAGAAGAGACUGGAAAACGAAUUAAGGAACUCUGAAAUUUAUUUAUUGCAGUUGACAGACUCAUAUUGACACUUUUGAGAAGUGCCCUGCUGUGCCAUAUCCACAUCAAGAAAAAUUUCAGAACCUGCCAAAAUUAUGAAUGACUGUAGAUUGAAAUAUCGCAUAAUGCUCACGAACCUAUCAGAUGAAAUUACUAAAAGGAACGUGUGCUUAGAUAUGUUAAAAGUUGCAUCGGCCGAUUUUGUGAACAUCAAAACAGAAUUACAAAAAGCCAUAAAUCCUUUUGCUAUAUUUAUGCUACUCGAUACUGCCGGACAUAUGAGUCAAAAUAACCUGAUACUUUUAAUCGCAAUCAUUCAAUUGCUCGGUUUGACUUACCUAAAGGAUGUAAUUAUAAGAAGUGGAUUUGAAUACACUGAAAAUGUGGACACAAAAUCUGUAUUCAGUUUGUUCCGUCGUCGCGUAAUUAGUAUCGGAAAAGAACUUUCUGACGACCAAUUGAACAAAAUAUCUGGAGUGUACCAAGUACCAAAUGAAAAUUGUACAAAUCAAUGGAGGUUGUUACAAUAUCUGCAAGAUAAUAAAACCUUCAAUAACAACGAUGAGUUGAUGGAGUUUAUCGCAACUGUUGGUUCAGUUGGUGUAAUUAUAGGUUGGUAUGAAUGUAAUAAAAGCACUUGCCCUUAUAUAAACACAUUUCUUAAGAUCUAAACCAAAGGCUUUACUUAAAUAUUUAGAAGUCAAAUUUGAUUUAAAUUUUACAGAUGAUUAUGGGUUGAGCUGAAUUUUUGGCUGCUGCAUCUAUGGUGUAAAUCCUGGUUUAAGGUCAUCUAGGGGAUUUGGUCUGACAUUUAACUCCUUGAAUACUAACCUCACUUGCUGGUUAAGAGGUCAAAAUUAGUAUCUGUAUGUAUUUGUUACAUUACUCAGGGCACUGCAGAUCCCCAGAGACCCAGCCAAAAUUUCCAAUUUCAAUUUGAAAGAGAACAAAAAGAAAUAUAAUUUAUUAUUUUAUUUGUAUUUUAUAUAUUUACACUUAUCUGCCUAAAUAUAUACA